AUGUAAACAAACAGUGUUCAUUCAAUCAAUCUUGAUAAAUAAACUAAAUACUCUCAAUUUGUAAAUGCUUAACUUUUUAGUGGCUAUAAAAUUCGUGGUAAAGAUAACUCUAAAAAAUUCAUAAAUUAACUGAGUCCAUCAGAUGAUUAAAAAAUAACAAAUAAUUUAUCAUCAUCAUAAAGUUAUGUAAAUGCUAUGAAAGCAUUACAAGAUAAAAUUAAAUACUUAGAAAAUGAAAACUAAAAUCUACAAUCUUAAAUUGUAAAUCCAUUUAAUAUUAAUUAAUAGAGUUCUAAAGAUUUAACUAAAUAAAUUGAGAUUAAAUAAAGACAUGUAAGUACUCAUUAAAAAUCUAAUGAUUGUUAAUAAAUAAAAGAAAUUGAAUUAAAAUUAGUUUAAGUGGAAAUUGAAAAAGAAUAAAUUAAAGAAGAGAAUGAAUAAAAAAUAUAAUAAUUACAACAAAAUUUAAUAAACAUAGCCUAAUAAUCAGAUUAAAGAAAUAGAGAAUAAUUGGAAUAGAUACAAAAAUUGUAAUAUUUAUUAAAUUACAUUUUUAGAUAGGAUUAAUUGGAAUUGUAAGGCGAAAGUAAUUAAAAUUACAGAAUUAAAAUCAAUACUUAAACUCAAGCAAUUUAAUAAGAAAAAUUAGUAUUUAUAUUUUAACUAUAUAUUUAGAAUAAUAAUAAUCUUGAAUUUAAUUUAGAUUAAGAAAAACGAGAGACUAAAUAUUUAAUUGAAAAAAAUGAAUAAUUACAAAACGAAAUCAAUAAAUUAAAAGAAUAAUUAUUUGAAAUAAGAACAUAUAUGAAUAGAUAUACAAAAUAAUAUGAUGAAACAAGAAUUUAAUGUAUAAUUCAUAUAUUUAUCUAUAUAUAGAAUUGUAGGAAGAAAAUAUGAAAUAAAAAAAUUAAAUUUAUGAAUUAACUAAUUAAGUAGAAUAGUAAAAGGAAUUAAAUUUAAAGUUAUAAUUAGGUUUAGAACAUAAAAAAUAAGAAUUAGAAAAAUCUGAAUUAAAAAGAGUUAAGAAAUUAUCAGAGUCUAAUAUCAAAAUUGAUUAACUUAAGCAAUAAAUAAUUAAUUUGUCUUCCAAUUCCAUAAUAAAUACAUAAAGUCCAAGGGAAACAUUUAAAAAAUACAAAUAAAGUGCAGAUAUUGUGAAUAAAACAUAAAAUUUAAGGAAUUAUAGACAAUAAAAUAAUAAUAGCAGAAGAUAAUUACUAGAUUAAAAUUGUAAUUCAAUAUUUAAUAUUUAAUAAGAAUCAUAUAAAUAGUAACCAAAUGAUUCAUAAAGUAGUGUUUUUAGUAGGUUGAUUGUAAAGACUUAAGAAGGGAACAUUCUUACUUAAUAGAAAAGUGAUGAUAGGAAUAAUAUUGGAAACUUUAUAGAUGAACAAAUUUAAACUAUUUAAUUAAGUGCAAAUAAAUCAUAAAAAUAUCUUCAAACUUAAUAAUAUAGAAUCUAAGAAUUAAAUGAAUAAUUAAAGAUUCUUAAUUAGAAAUAUGAAGAAAUUGAAAAUUCAAUUUCAUAAUUAACUGAUUUAAAAAUUAAAAGAGAAAAAAGAUAACUUUUAUUACAAAUAAUAGAUCAAAUACAAGAUAUUAAUCAAGAGUUAAAUACUCUUGUAGGUAAUCCAAAAAUUAAUUAAUAAUUUUGA